AGUGUGACCAACAUUGCACAGUGAGUUGAAUAGUAAACAUCGUAUGGGAUUAUUGUGUCGAUUUGAGGUUAUGAAACUGAAUUUUAUUUUCUCACACUCGAAAGUAUUGUGUAGAUAAUUCCAGAUUAACAAAACUUAAUAAACUGAGAAAAGAUGAAGCUUUACUGCUUGAGUUGUGAUCCAAAUAAACCGUGUUACAUUUUACGGUUUAAAGAAAUAACAUUGAUGUUAGAUUGUGGGUUGUCCGCCCAUACUGUUCUCAACUUUCUUCCAUUACCUCUAGUUCCUAGUGCUCGACUGAACAAUUUGCCUGGUUGGAUGCCUCGUGAUAUUGCUGAUGCUCAUCUUGAAGGGGAAUUGAAAGAAUGUUGUGGCAGAGUUUUUGUUGAUUCAGCCCCAGAAUUUUUCCCACCACAGCCAAAAAUAGUUGACUUCUCAGAAGUUGAUGUAAUUUUAAUAUCAAAUUACUUAUGUAUGCUAGCUCUUCCAUACAUAACCGAAGGUACAGGAUUUUCAGGUGUCGUGUAUGCAACAGAACCAACAAUGCAGAUAGGAAGGUUGUUUCUGGAAGAAUUAGUUCACCACAUUGAGCAAACUCCAAAGGCUACUUUGGCAAGUCACUGGAAAGAACAUCUGCAUGUAUUGCCAGCUCCUUUGUCAGACAGUCUGAAACCAAGAAACUGGAGGCAUAUUUAUGACAUGAAAGCUGUGAAUGACAGUCUUGCAAAGAUUCAAAUGGUGGGAUACAAUGAGAAAUUGGAUAUAUAUGGUGCCUUAGAAGUGACUGCAGUAAGCUCAGGGUAUUGUUUGGGAUCAAGUAAUUGGGUUAUAAAUUCACAUUAUGAGAAAAUUGCGUAUGUCAGUGGUUCUUCAACUCUGACCACACAUCCCAAACCAAUGGAUCAAGGAGCACUAAAAAAUGCAAAUGUUCUUAUACUCACCGGAUUGACCCAAACCCCAACUGCUAAUCCUGAUUCAAUGUUAGGAGAGCUGUGUAUGACAGUAGGUGAGUUCUUGUAUGAAAUUGCUAACACACUUCGAUGUGGUGGGAGUGUUCUAAUUCCCUGUUAUCCAUCUGGUGUUGUGUAUGAUUUAUUUGAAUGUUUAUCGAGUCAUUUGGAUGCAUCUGGAAUGACAUCCAUUCCUAUGUUCUUCAUAUCACCAGUUGCAGACACUUCAUUGGCUUAUUCUAAUAUUUUAGCAGAAUGGCUUUCAACAAACAAGCAAAACAAAGUGUACUUACCAGAAGAGCCUUUUCCCCAUGCAUUCCUUGUGAGAAAUGGCCGUCUCAAACAUUUCAAACACAUAUAUACUGAAGGCUUCAGUACAGAUUACAAACAACCCUGUGUUGUGUUUUGUGGUCACCCAAGUCUUAGAUUUGGAGAUGCAGUUCAUUUUGUUGAACUAUGGGGUGGUAAUGCUUUAAACACAAUAAUUUUUACAGAACCAGACUUUCCAUAUUUGGAAGCACUAGCACCUUUCCAACCUUUGGCCAUGAAAGCUGUACAUUGCCCUAUUGAUACAAGCUUGAACUUCACACAAGCCAAUAAACUAAUCAGAGAUUUAAAACCAGGCACCUUGGUUUUGCCAGAAUCCUAUAGACAACCGCCUGGUACAGCUCCUCACCGAUUGGAUCUUAUUAUAGAAACAGAUAGGCCUCUCUUAUCUUUCAAACGAGAUGAAGUUCUCACUCUUCCUCUGAAGAGGAAGCAAACACAAGUGGAUAUGAGUCCUGAAUUGGCUGAAAAUCUAGUGCCAAAUGAAGUGAGAUCAGGAGUAGCCCUUGCUACAUUGACAGCUGCGAUACAAGUGAAAGACAAUAAGCACACACUCAAGAUUUUGGAAGAACCGGAGAAACCCUCAAGCCGAAAAAAAUCACGAGCUUUAGAAGAAGCAUUGAAUAAGAAACCUACAAAUUAUACAUGGGGAGUUCUAGACAUUGAUGAAUUUAUACAAAAAAUUACCCAGGAAGGGAUUACAGAUGCAAAAGUGGAACAAGUAGCAAGUGGAUAUAUUAUUCAUUUGCCAAAUGAAGAUACACUCAUCCAAGUUGAAGAUUCAUCAACACAUAUAUUUUGUGAAGGUGAUAUGCUUUUGAGACAAAAAUUAAGGACUAUAUUACUCCAGUGUCUCAAUAAAUUUUAAGAAUUCUUUGGUUUGUUGUUCCUGUGACCACGGAUGUAAGGUGGACUCUAAGUUUGAGGGAAGGAGGGGAUGGGCACAAGCCCCAUAGCUCCCCCUUGGAUCUGCUAUGAAAUUAAAUUAGGAAAAAUCACCUGGUUUGGGAGACUAAAAGGAUGCGCCCAGAUAGAAUUACUAAGAAAAUAAUAAUGGAAACCAAUAGCAACAAGGAGCAAAGGCAGACUAAGAAUGAAAUGUACUGACGAAGUUGUGGAAGACCCAUGCAAGCUGAAAAUCAAGCAUUAGAAGAAGCUGGUUCAAGACAAAGGAGUGGAAGAAGAUUGCUGAGAAGGCCACUUCAAGAAUUUAUAAAUGCAAUCCCUACCUCAGUUGAUCCCGUUCAUCCAUCCAUCGCCGAAGAGUAGCUUGGGACUCAGGUUCUUCUACAUCCUGAUAAUCUUCUAUUAAUUGAGUCAACAUUUGGAGCCAAUUGCAAUCUUGUUUGAAUUCUGGAUCAUUCAACAUUUUUAUUUCAUGCUGAAACAUAAUAAAUGU